AUGACUGAGAAAGAUAAAGUAGUGAACCGUUCCAUUUCAUUUCAUAGCAACUUUUGGCCAUUGGAAGAGUCUGUUGCUACCAUUAAACCAAGACAAAUCUAUGGUUCUGUCUUGACCCCCAGCUUUGUCACUUGCAAUGGUGAUGAUGCUGUUGAUUAUCGGGUCCAACUCAUCACAAGUGACCUGCUCCGUCCCUCAUCUAAUUCAAGACUAACGGAUAAGACCUUCACUUCAGGUGUCGGCUUAGUUGUUGGAUUGAUGAAGCAGAACUCGGAGGAGGACCCAGAGUUCAAAGCUGGAAAGAAACUUUACUUGUGGAUUCAAGUCAAUCACAGUGAUUGGGACCCAAUCGAUCGCCUGGUCAAAAGAUUUGAUGUCAAGUACAUUCUUCCAGCAAAUCCCAAAUUGGUCAACACACAUAUAAUGAUCCGUGUUGGACGCGAGUUCACCUUCAAUGGCUACUUAUCCGGAUGGGAUUUGAAAGAACAUACAGCUAUAAUUACAGUCCUGGGCUUCAGUCCCAUCAACAUGGGUGGUUCAAGUCCGACUUCCAAGACCAAUGCUUAUUCACCUUGA